UGUAAUAAUUUAUUUAAUAGAUGCUCUGGAUUUGGAUUCCUCAAUGCCCAUAGCCAUGACUGCAACACCUCAUAGACGCAUAAAUUCGAAAAGCGCACAACAAGCAGCAAAUUUUGCUAAAAGUUUACCUAUUGAAAUAGCUAACUCUCCCAUAACUGUGGGACGUAGUUAUAUGGCAACUUUAGAAUCGGAUGAAGAAGAACUUGACAAUAAUGUCGAUAUAGCGGCCAGCAUUAAAGCUUUAGCUAAAAGUGUUCAUGGUGAGGCGGUGUUUGGUGAUUUACCCAGACCUCGUUUGCGUUCACAAAUUUAGAAAGAAGUAGAAGAAGAAAGAAACAAACUCUUAAUGUUUCUUCUGAUAUAUUAUUAUUAUUUUUUUUUGUAAUAAUUGUCUAUUUAAUAUUGACUUCAAUAAGAAGAUUUUUAUACAUUUUUUUUUUUGAUUUAUAUAAUUUUUUUCAUACAUACUGACGCUAUUUCAGCAACAAAAUAUUAGUUUUAAGUUUUUUCUUAUUUUUUUUCUAAAAAAC